UGUGCUAAUUUCAUCAAGGUACUUAAGGCUUACAACCAAACGCACUUGUACGCCUGUGGAACAGGGGCUUUUCAUCCCGUCUGCACCUAUAUUGAAGUUGGAAGCCAUCCUGAGGACAACAUUUUUAGAAUGGAAGAUUCACAUUUUGAAAAUGGCCGUGGGAAAAGCCCUUACGAUCCUAAACUGGUGACAGCUUCUCUUUUAGUAGAUGGAGAGCUGUACUCUGGCACAGCAGCAGACUUCAUGGGCAGGGACUUUGCCAUUUUCCGAACUCUGGGGCAUCAUCAUCCAAUCAGAACAGAGCAGCAUGAUUCCCGGUGGCUAAAUGAUCCUAGAUUUAUUAGUGCUCACCUGAUACCGGAGAGCGACAAUCCAGAAGAUGACAAAAUCUAUUUCUUCUUCCGUGAAAAUGCAAUUGAUGGAGAGCACACUGGAAAAGCCACUCACGCCAGAAUAGGGCAGAUCUGCAAGAAUGACUUUGGUGGACACAGGAGCCUUGUCAACAAAUGGACAACUUUCCUCAAAGCACGUCUGAUUUGUUCUGUGCCUGGACCCAAUGGCAUUGACACACACUUUGAUGAACUACAGGAUGUGUUUCUAAUGAACUCGAAAGACCCUAAAAAUCCAAUAGUCUAUGGAGUGUUUACAACUUCCAGUAAUAUCUUCAAGGGGUCAGCAGUGUGUAUGUACAGCAUGACUGAUGUGAGGAGGGUAUUUCUUGGUCCCUAUGCCCACCGAGAUGGUCCAAACUACCAGUGGGUUCCCUACCAGGGGAGAGUGCCAUAUCCACGGCCGGGAACUUGUCCCAGUAAAACAUUUGGAGGCUUUGAUUCCACCAAGGACCUCCCUGAUGAAGUUAUAACAUUUGCAAGAAGUCAUCCAGCCAUGUACAACCCAGUAUUCCCCAUCAACAACCGCCCAAUCAUGAUCAAAACAGAUGUGGAUUACCAGUUCACACAGAUAGUAGUAGAUCGAGUGGACGCAGAAGAUGGCCAAUACGAUGUGAUGUUCAUUGGCACAGAUAUUGGAACAGUUCUUAAAGUGGUUUCAAUUCCUAAGGAGACUUGGCAUGAAUUAGAGGAAGUCUUGCUUGAAGAAAUGGCAGUCUUUCGGGAACCCACUGUUAUUUCAGCAAUGAAGAUUUCCACAAAACAGCAACAACUCUACAUUGGCUCAGCCACUGGAGUUUCACAGCUUCCUUUGCACCGCUGUGAUGUGUAUGGAAAAGCAUGCGCUGAGUGUUGCCUUGCAAGAGACCCUUACUGUGCCUGGGAUGGUUCAUCAUGCUCACGUUACUUCCCCACUGCUAAGAGACGUACUAGACGACAAGAUAUCCGAAAUGGAGACCCGCUUACCCACUGCUCUGACCUGCAGCAUCAUGAUAACCCAAGUGGUCAGACCCUGGAGGAAAAGAUUAUCUAUGGAGUAGAGAAUAGCAGCACUUUCCUUGAGUGCAGUGCAAAAUCUCAGCGUGCCGUAGUCUACUGGCAGUUCCAGAAGCAGAAUGAUGACCGUAAAGAAGAGAUAAAAGUGGACGAUCGAAUGAUCCGGACAGAACAGGGCCUGUUGCUACGAAGUCUUCAACGGAGAGACUCUGGCAUUUAUUUCUGUCAUGCUGUGGAGCACGGCUUCAUGCAAAGUUUGCUCAAGGUCACCCUGGAAGUAAUUGAUACUGAUCACCUGGAAGAGUUGCUCCAUAAAGAAGAAGAUGGUGAUACCUCCAAGACCAAGGACGCUACCAAUAGCAUGACCCCCAGUCAGAAGAUCUGGUAUAGAGACUUCAUGCAGUUAAUUAAUCACCCCAAUCUCAACACAAUGGAUGAGUUCUGUGAGCAGGUUUGGAAAAGAGACCGCAAACAACGCCGGCAAAGGCCUGCCAAUGCUCAGGUGAAUACGAAUAAGUGGAAGCACCUACAAGAGAAUAAAAAAGGUAGGAACAGGAGGACCCAUGAAUUUGAAAGGGCACCACGGAGUGUCUGA